UGGGCGUGGGCAACCCCCUUCUCCCCUCACUGCUUGCCAAGAUAAGAGCUGAAAAGACAACCGCAAGCGUGUCUCCAAAACACUUCUUUUUCCAGCUCGCGGGGCUCUCACGCUUCUACCAUGGCCGAUUCAAACAUGCAUGAUAAGAGCCUGACAGAGGAGGACGGCGGUAGACUGAAAAAGAACAAAAAGAAGCAAAAGAAGGAAGCUGCCUGGAAACCAGAGGGGCCCAGAGAUCCAGUUGCCAUGCUUAAUUCUCUGCCAGAGGAGAAGCAGCAGGAGAUCCAGAAGACCCUCCAUCUCUUCUCCUUGGGCCAGAGCCUGCCCAAGACCCUGCAGGAGGCUAAGCACUACACCCACCGCUUCUGGGACACGCAGCCCGUCCCCAAACUGAGCGACACCGUGACGACCGAAGGCCCGAUAGUCGAAGUGGGGGAGGGAGUCCGUGAGGAGCCCUACUCCCUUCCCCAAGGUUUCUCCUGGGACACGUUGGAUCCGACCAGUCCCACCACGCUGAGAGAGCUGUGCACCCUACUAAAUGAAAACUACACAGAGGACGACGACAACACGAUCCGAUCCCACUUCUCCCCCGAGUACCUGCAAUGGGUCCUGCAGCCUCCUGGCUGGGUGGCCCAGUGGCAUUGUGGGGUGCGAGUACACACCAGCAAGAAGUUGGUUGGCUUCAUCGCUGCCGUACCCGCCAAUGUCCGCAUAUAUGACAAGGAGAAGCAGAUGGCACAGGUCAGCCUCCUGUGUGUCCACAAGAAACUACGCUUCAAGCGGAUGAGUCCGGUUCUGAUCCGAGAGCUUACCAGACGGGUGAACCGGCAGGGCCUCUACCAGGCUGUCUACACAGUUAGUUCAUUUCUGCCUACACCGCUGAGCACCUGCAGAUACUGGCAACGGUCCCUAAAUCCACGUAAACUAAUGGAAGUCACCCGCAGUGGUCUCGGCAGGAACAUGACUGUGCAGAGAGCCCUCAAACUCAACCGCCUGCCUGAGGCGACGAAGACUUCAGGCCUUCGUCCCAUGACUAAGGAGGAUGUACCAGCCGUGCGAGCUCUUCUCGAGAGACAUCUUCAGAAGUUCCACCUCGCCCCCCUGAUGUCUCCGCAGGACGCACAACACUGGCUGAUGCCCAGAGACGGCGUGAUAGACACCUAUGUGGUGCAGAGUGCUGGAGGCCUGUUGACGGACCUGGUGAGUUUCUACUGCGUGGCAUAUCAAGUGUUGAACCAUCCGGUGCACAGCGCUCUGAGGGUGGCCCACCUCCUGUACUGUGUCUGCACAUCCACCGACCUGGCCAGCCUCAUGGAGGAUGCGCUGGUCCUGGCUAAAGCCAAAGGUUUUGACGCCGUCACUGUUCUGGAUGUGAUGGAGAAUAAGUGCUUCAUGGAAAAACUCAAGUUCACCCGUGGUGAUAAAAACCUUCAUUACUACCUUUACAACUGGGCAUGCCCUACCAUAAGUCCAGACAAGGUUGGUCUAUUGUUGCCCUACUAACCUUGCUGCUGAGAGAUCCAGAGAAGACUUGGUGCCGAGGAUGGAAGGGACACCAGCGGCCAGGACAGUUGACAAGAUGACACGAAAUCAUGACACCCAACACAUGUAUUCGUGUGUAGAGGCUGAGCCAACAUCGCUGUUUGUGCAUACUCGUGCACAAACAAGCAAUACACACCCACACAAAUGCACAAAAGAAACAGAGGAACGCAUUAUAAGGCAAAUGUGUUUUUGGCUAACAGAAGAAUAUAAUAGACGUCCUUAUUGUCCACUAACAUGGAAAUUCGUCUUCGGCUUCACAGACAUAAAUACACUUAAAUUCUCCGGUGCCAUGGGUUGGAGUACAUGAGACAAGGACAAUAAGGAGGUGGGCCUGUAACGGUAAACGGUUGGGAUGAAAGUGCUAAAUAAUAACAAUAAUGAUGUCUAUCUAAGUUGUGUACAUAUUUAUUGUUAUUAUUUAGCACUUUCAUCCCAACUACUUAUUAUUACAGACCCGCUUUUUUAUUACUGUGUAUUGUAAGGGUUUAAGAAUUAGAUGUCAUUGUGCAACAAAACAUCUCAAAAUGAGGCGCCUGAUGUGUAACAGAUAGAUAUAGAUAUAACUGACUGAAAUACUUUAAUAAGCAGGACCUCCCCUGUCUCAGACAAGAAAAUUAAAUUUCAUCAUAGUUAUGUUUGUUUGUUUAGUCACCUUUACAUAUUGUGAUCCUGCUGACCAUUCCGAGGUAUUGCCACAGGUAUGGGGCCUGGUUUGCUUGGGUUAGGGUUAGGGUUGAAAAGAAAGAUCUUGCAUUUCAUCAGCAAAAUAAGCUUCAAAGUAGGCCAACAUUACUACUUUGGUUGUAAAUUAGUCAAAAAUUACUGCCUUAAAUGGCUUUUGUCACUGUUUCCACAAAAACUAAAGAAAUAUUUAUUUAUUCUAUUCUUUUAACUCGUGAAUUUUUGCCCUUCGCCUGGUCCUCGUGUGAGUCUGCAUGCAGGGCCACAUGAGGGUGACAGUGUGCAUCUCUUGCCCAUGUCUGUUGUCUCUGACAUCAUGAUGAUUGCCGCUUGUCUGUGAGUUUGUGUAUGUCUGGGUAGACUGUAAGAACUGAAUGGCUCUUCUAGGAUAAAUAAAGUUA